AUGAUUCGCAUCGGCUUGAGACAGGUUCGAUCGCUACACUGGUCCCGCAGAGUGCUCAAGCCGGCACUGUCGGCCACGGCCGGCUCCUCGCAGUCGUCGUGGCCCUCGGGCUUCCGGCUGCCCCGUCCUCGAACCUGGGAGGAGUCCAAGGAGGGAGCGCUUUCCAAAGCAACCAGGUGGUACCUGCUGGCGGAGAUGUUCAGGGGCAUGUACGUCGUGCUGGAGAUGUACUUCCGCGCUCCGUACACCAUAUACUACCCGUUUGAGAAGGGAGCCAUCUCGCCGCGGUUCAGAGGCGAGCAUGCUCUGAGGCGGUAUCCGUCUGGAGAGGAGCGGUGCAUUGCGUGCAAGCUGUGCGAGGCCAUCUGUCCUGCGCAGGCCAUCACGAUCGAAGCAGAGGAGCGUGCCGACGGGUCCAGAAGAACUUAUAAAUAUGACAUCGACAUGACCAAGUGCAUCUACUGCGGCUACUGUCAAGAGAGCUGUCCCGUGGAUGCCAUUGUCGAGACCCCGAACAUUGAGUACUCCACAGAGACGCGAGAGGAGCUGCUGUAUAACAAGGAAAAGCUGCUUUCCAACGGUGACAGGUGGGAGCAGGAGUACAAGUACGCUGCCGAUGCAGAUGCUCCGUACCGCUAA